AUUAUGUGACACUGCAAGAACAACAAUCGUUCGUCUCCUUUCAUUGAUUCCUCAGGUCUUAGCUUUAAAGGAAAGAGAAAGCUUGUAGUUUCGAUCAAUUAUAAUAACUUCGUUUCGCCGCACUACGAUACUGACUGCUCGUUCGAUACGGACUAUUGAACCCUAUCAUGGCGACCACAUACAAGUUGACUUACUUCAAUUUAAGGGCUCGAGCUGAACCAACACGACUUGUGUUUGCCUACGCUGGAGUAGACUACGAAGACAUCCGAAUUAGCUUUGACAACCAAGCAGACUGGCUACCUUUAAAAAAUAGUGGGAAAUGUCCUUUUGGUCAGAUUCCUCUUCUUGAAGUCGAGGGUGUAACGCUUUCUCAGUCCAUGACCAUUCUCCGUUUUGUGGCUAAACGACAUGGUUUGAUGCCUAGUACAGAUUUACAGCAGGCACUUGCAGACAUGUUUUCUGAAGGAGUGUAUGACUUAGAAAACGAGAUUGUUCGGGCCGUAGUUUGCACCAACCCAGAGGAACAGAAAGCUCUUAUGGAAAAGUUUGAAAAGGAAUCAUUACCCAAGGCAUGCAAAUAUCUGGAAAAAUUCUUGGAAAAAAAUCCUAAGGAUGAAGUUUACUGUGUUGGAAAUAAGCUGAGCUUUGCAGACAUCUGCUUCUUCGCGUUCUUCAACAGCUACAUAGCAAAAGGCAAGCCUGAGGUACCAGAUGUUUUGAAAGGUCUCCCGCGUCUCACCGCAUUGUACAAGAAGGUCAGGGAUGAACCCAAGCUUCAGGCGUGGCUGGAGAAACGACCACAAACUUCUCUGUAGCCCAAAAAC